GUUUUGGCUAGCAGUCUCAUCCACAUUAAACACACACCCCUCCCUCUCCUGCAUCGUUCCCUCUCUCUCUCUCUUUUAUCAUUCUAUCUCUGUGUAUCCUGGAGUGAGGGAUCUCCUCCGUACCGCAGACAGGGGUGUUUUUCUGGGUGCUGAGAGUCAGUGUUGACCUGAUGGAGGACUACCAUAAACCCGACCAGCAGACUCUGCAGGCACUGCGCAACAUCGCUAACCGGCUCCGGAUCAGCUCCAUCCGGGCCACCAGCUCUGCGGGCAGCGGUCACCCAACAUCAUGCUGUAGUGCAGCAGAGAUCAUGUCUGUGCUGUUUUUCCACACCAUGAAGUACAGACCAGACGACCCACGCAAUCCCAAUAACGACCGCUUCAUUAUCUCCAAGGGUCAUGCUGCUCCAAUCCUCUAUGCUGUGUGGGCAGAAGUAGGUUACCUGAAAGAGAGCGAGCUGCUAAACCUCCGCAAGAUUGAUUCCAUCUUAGAAGGCCAUCCUGUUCCAAAACAGCAGUUUGUGGAUGUGGCCACAGGUUCUCUUGGGCAAGGGCUUGGUGCUGCCUGUGGAAUGGCUUAUACUGGAAAAUACUUUGACAAGGCCAGUUACCGUGUCUUCUGUUUGCUGGGUGAUGGCGAGAUGGCUGAGGGUUCAGUGUGGGAGGCAAUGGCCUUUGCUUCAUACUAUCAGCUUGACAACUUGGUGGCUAUUUUGGAUAUUAACCGGCUGGGCCAGAGUGACCCCACACCACUGCAGCACCAUGUAGAGAAGUACCAGAAACGCUGUGAGGCCUUCGGAUGGCAGUCCAUUAUAGUGGAUGGUCACAGUGUUGAGGAGCUGUGUAAGGUUCUGUGUCAGCCGCGCCACCAACCCACAGCCAUCAUCGCCCAGACUAUAAAGGGCAAGGGAAUCCCAGCUGCGGAGGAUAAGAUGGGCUGGCAUGGUAAGCCCCUGCCAAAGGAUAUGGCUGAGGGUGUGAUAAAGGACAUACAGAGUCGCAUUCUGAGCAGCAGCAAGCGUCUGUACCCGCCCACUCCCACUGAGGACACGCCAUUGGUCAGCCUGAAAAGUAUAUACAUGCCCAGCGCACCCAGCUACAAACCAGGUGACAAGGUUGCUACAAGGAAGGCGUAUGGAACGGCUCUGGCAAAACUCGGGCGCUACAAUGAGCGCGUCAUCGCUCUGGACGGAGACACCAAGAACUCCACCUUCUCCGAAAUCUUCAAGAAUGAAUGCCCUGAUCGCUUUGUGGAGUGCUACAUCGCAGAGCAGAACAUGGUGAGUGUUGCGGUGGGUUGCGCCGCUCGGGACAGAAACGUCGUCUUUGUCUCUACGUUUGCUACGUUCUUCACUCGUGCCUGCGACCAGCUGCGUAUGGCCGCCAUCUCAGAGAGCAAUAUCAACCUCUGCGGCUCACACUGCGGCGUGUCGAUAGGGGAGGAUGGUCCCUCUCAGAUGGGCCUGGAGGACUUGGCUAUGUUCCGAGCCAUUCCCACAGCGACCGUUUUCUACCCCAGUGAUGGGGUGGCCACUGAGAAGGCUGUGGAGCUGUCUGCCAACACAAAGGGUAUUUGUUUCAUCAGGACCAGUCGCCCUGAAAAUGCCAUCAUCUACAACAACAGUGAAGAUUUCCAUAUAGGACAGGCAAAGGUCGUACAUAAGAGCAAUGAUGACCAUGUGACUGUGAUCGGGGCAGGGGUCACUCUGCAUGAGGCACUUUCAGCAGCAGAGCAGCUAAAGAAAGAGAGGAUCAAUAUCCGUGUAAUUGACCCAUUUACUAUUAAACCCCUGGACUCAAAGACCAUCAUUGACAAUGCCAAAGCUACGAGGGGUCGCAUCAUCACUGUGGAGGAUCACUACUAUGAAGGUGGUCUUGGUGAAGCUGUGUGUGCAGCUGUGAGCAGUGAGCCCAGUUUCACGGUGCACCGGCUGGCUGUGGGUUACGUCCCACGAAGCGGCAAACCCAACGAGCUUCUCAGGCUGUUCGGAAUCGACCGCGACGCUAUAGCCCAAGCUGUUAGAAAGAUGAUCAGCACCACCACGAACGCCAAAUAAUCCGGCG